AUGGAGAACCGUUCGUGGCCACAAUACUUAAGCCAUGUGCGUAUAUGGCUCUGGCAUGCCAGAACAAUGUGCCCUGCAGAGCUACCGCCCUCACCGUUCGUUGCAAGUCUGUCCGUCGUCAUUCAUAAUGAUGCCAGACAGAAAAGAUUGACUUGGGCCCUCAUCACGAACGCAUCUCGCACCAUCGACGAUGAAGAACGUCCGGAACGGCCAGAUACGCCGAGGUUACCGAAAAAAGCCCCAGCGGAAGGCAUGGUGAGUGCGGUAAAAUGCUGGGGCGGCUAUCCAUGCGAGAAUUGCAGCAGAGGCGUUCGUCCCUGUAAGCUAGCCGGUCACACAACACGCAAGGUUCCGAUUGCGACGACCUCAAGGAAACACAGAGCGCCCCGGAACCUUUGCAGACUGCAAGACGCAGCAGAGAAACAUCAAACGAUCUGGGUCGUGCUUGGACUUGGUGAGUCAGGAUCGCACUGCGUAGGCUAUGGACUGACUUUAUCCAGCAUUCAAUGCCAGACUCUUGGAACAAAAUGCCUGGGUGGUGACCCUUGCGACGGCUGCAGGAAAGGAGACACCAUCUGUGACAUCAAGAACGCGAACGACUCCAGCCCGGCGCUAGAUGAGAUCAUCGUGGCGGUCGGUCUGCCGAGUCCGGCCCUUGUCACCCCGACCGCCCCCGCCGACGAUGCAAACCUCCCUGUCAGGAUCGUGCAGCAUUUGACAAGUUCUCGGGAGGCCGAACGGAACCCGUCACCAUCGGCCAUCCAGUCCGAUGGCGGACGGCAAGACCAAAUGUCUCAGGCCUUCCACAGCAGCAAUGCGGGGACGGGGAGUACACUGCCUGGUACUAGUCCAGUUCUAACGCGAGAUUCUUGCCUCUCAUUUGAUAACGGUUGUUUUGGCUCUUGGACGACAGCAGAGGGCCGGUACAAUUACUCCUGCCUGGCUGCCAUGUACAGCCAGUUUGUUCUCCCCAAGAAUCAAGUCAUAUCACAUGAAAAGCUACAGGCUAUGAUGGCGGCCCACGCGGCCGGCAAAGGCAUUAGCCUGGAGCUUACAAGCAUUUACGGUAUCGGCAAACUGCUGUGGCAUCUACGUCUGCACCAGUCGAAUAGCGCAGCGCUGUGGCCGAUACAGAGCAUUCCUGGUCUUUACGAACAGGAGACGGUCAAGUCCAAUUUGGACCCUAACGAUCAUUUGUCCAAGGCACGUUGCUACUUAUUACGGUCUGUAUACUUCCUCCUACUGGGUGGACUUACGGAGUCGAUGACGGACUGUGCCGUAGCAGGCUUGGCUUUGUCGCGGUCAUUCGACUGGGACGUGGAGGAGCGCCAAAGACUGGUAAAAAGUUAUGCAAUGCUGUACAUGUGGGUAUCAGAUUCAAUGAUUAAAGGUCGAGCUAAAACCGCCAGGCUGCUCGAAUGCGAUUCAUGGAGUAUACCCUACUUUACAUCCAUGGAUCUCACGGAGAUCGUUCCAGUCCACCCGCGGUAUGGCACAACUGUGGGCAACAGAGAGCCACAAACUACGUCGUACUUGGCCAUCGCCUAUCAGUUCUGGAAUUCUCCAUCUCGCAUCGGCCGGAGCUUCAUCUCCAUCGCGUCGCAGAUCCAAGACUGGACAGAGGCUUGGAAAGAACAAUGCAAGUUAUGGGAUCAUGCGGCUUUUCUGCGCGAGGAAGAAAAGGCAGAACCGUACCUGGCUGCAGCAGUCCUUUGGCUCCCGCUCCUAACAAUCGCUGCUAAACCUAGCCUCGAUGGGUUCCAAGGGUUGUUGGAAACUGCGGGCAGGGCGCUGCUGCAAACAAUAGAAUAUCUUCAAAGCCUCCGGCUCGAAGAUCGCGUGUGGCAUAUUCAGCAGUCAGUAUAA